GAUGAUGUGGCAAAACAUGGGACGCAGGAUGGAGUGAACCGCUUGGAUAUGGGGGCUGUGCAGGGAACCCGCAGAAAGAAGCCGCGCUGAGAGGAUGCAGAUCCCCCGCCCCCGCCAUGUGCUCGGGACAGAUUGUUUUAGAAAUUAACGCCAGCACCUCGAAACUUCCGGACGCUGACGCAACUCUUCCACGUUAUCACGUCCCCCAAACUUCACCUGUCAGCAUCAUCCUCCCGUCUGCUUAAGCCAUCACAUAUAUGAAUCCUCGUCUGAGUUGGGAUUGGGAGUCCAAAGAGAGUGACAAACAUGAUGGCGGAGCUUGGGAAACAACGGCGGCACUUAGAUGGCGGUGGAGGAGAAGAGAAACUGUUCAGCGGAAGAGAGGAAUUCGGUAAAUCAUCCAACACUUUUAAGCAGAUUGUAGCCUUGGCAAUUUGGUUGGGAGCUAUUCACUUCAACGCUGCGUUGGUCCUCUUCGCGCUAUUAUUCUUGCCUCUCUCCAAAGCACUCUUGGUUCUUUGCUUGCUCUUCAUAUUUAUGGUGCUUCCCUUAGAUGAGAAAAGCAGCUUUGGCCGAAAGUUGUCAAGGUACAUAUGUAAGCAUGCUGCCAGUUAUUUUCCGGUCACACUUCAUGUGGAGGAUAUUAAUGCCUUCGAUCCUAAUCGUUCUUAUGUUUUUGGCUAUGAACCACAUUCAGUUUUGCCAAUUGGUGUUUCUGUGUUAGCUCACCACACCGGUUUCAUGCCUCUUCCAAAAAUAAGAGUUCUUGCCAGCAGCGCUGUGUUCUAUACCCCAUUUUUGAGACACAUAUGGACUUGGUUGGGCCUUACACCAGCAACAAAGAAAAAUUUUACUUCCUUGUUGGCAGCUGGUUAUAGUUGUAUUUUAAUACCUGGUGGAGUGCAAGAAACUUUUCUCAUGGAGCAUGGUUCUGAGAUUGCCUUCCUCAAGGCUAGAAGAGGAUUUGUUCGAAUAGCAGUGGAGAUGGGCCAACCCUUGGUUCCAGUUUUUUGCUUUGGGCAGUCAGAUGCCUAUAAGUGGUGGAAACCAACUGGGAAGUUGAUUCUGAAAUUUGCCAGGGCUAUCAAAUUCACCCCGAUAUAUUUUUGGGGAAUACUCGGAUCUCCUUUACCCUACAGACAUCCAAUGCAUGUGGUGGUGGGUAGACCAAUUGAGAUUGACAGAAAUCCAGAACCAACCAUGGAGGAGGUUGCCAAAGUACAUGAUCAGUUUGUUGAAGCACUUCAAGAGCUCUUUGAAAGACACAAAGCUCGGGCUGGAUAUCCGAACCUUGAGUUAAGAAUUGUGUAAUACUAUAAAAGCUGUCCAGUGCCAUGUUUUAUUGGUGCCUGUAUUUUAUUUUGUUCUCUUUUUGGGGGGACUGCUUGUGUCAUUUAUUAGGUUAAGGAAAAAGGUGUAAUAAGACCCUGGUAUGGCAACCAAGUGUCCGCAAUCAACCCCCGUGCUUGAUGGCAAAAUGAUACUAGCUUGAACAGGGCUGGUUUAUAUCCUGGUCUUCCUUAUCGGUCUGUUAGCAUAAUGCCAUGACCAAUAUUGAAUCAAGAAACAUUCUACCAACCCAAAAAAAAAAGAAACAUUCAUAAAUUCCUGUCCAAGACAUGGAUAUCGUUAUCAAUUCAUUUCUAAGGUCAAUUA